CUAUGGACGGGGGACGCCGUGUACCUGGGAGGGGAUCAGCCCGACGACCUGAAGACGGCCUACCGCUCUCAGCUGGAGAGAGAGGAUUAUCGUCAGUUCCUCUCCACGGGAGUGAUCGUUGAGGGAGUCUAUGAUGAUCACGAUUACGGGAAGAACGACGCAGGAAAAUUUCUCAGAGAUCGUGAAGGCAGCCAGCAGGCCUUCUUGGACUUCAUCGGGGUUGAUCGCCAUUCUGCACGACGUCGUCGGCAGGGAUUGUACUCUUCUCACAAUUUUGGAAACUCUACCGACGUGGUCAAGGUGAUACUGCUUGACACUCGCUAUCACCGAGACAGUCACUUCAUCCCGUCCAUCGGCUCCUUCAAGAUUCCGUUCUCAGCGUUGGUAGCUGCCUUCACGCGUUGGCUGUGCGGAACUUUGGGGUUGGGGUUGGAUCAUGGAGGAGACAUCUUGGGAGAGGAGCAGUGGCUCUGGCUUGAGGACGAGCUGAAGAACUCGAGAGCUGCCGUCCACAUCUUGGUCUCAUCCAUCCAGGUUCUGACCAGCAACAACCUUGUCGAAUCUUGGAAACACUUUCCUCGCAGCAAACGAAAGCUCUUGGAACUGAUUCUCAGGUACCGACCGUCAAACCUGGUCAUCCUCUCUGGAGAUGUUCACUUUGCCGAGCGACUCUUUCAGCUGUCUGGUCGCCCUGCUGUCGAGGUCACUUCUUCAGGCAUGACGCACACUUGCGCUACUGUUUGGUCAGAAUUCCUCGCUCGCCCCUUCUCUCCUCUGAUCCACCCGCGCUCGCUAUCAGGUGGGGACGAGCCUGUGGCCCGAUAG